CUGUACAAUUAAACGGGUUCCCGAAAUAACAGUAUUCAUGUACAAAUUCUGUACAAUCUUCAUUUCAGCGCAACAUCAACGCACGUUUUAUCGGCACGCCUCACGUUAGGCUGCAACUUGUAAAUGCAUGGUUUAUGGGCAUUGUUUAUGACUUACUUCUCCGCGCACCUGCUGUGGUUUUUUUCGUGUUAGAGAUUGUUGUUUUGGUUAUGACGCCGCUUAUCUGCAGCCGUGUUCGAUCGUGCGCACUAAUACACGCUAAAUGCGGACUAAAAAAAUUAUCCCAUGAAGUUGAAGGAGCUCGAAAACAUUUUGGGAGCCCUGGAUGAUUUUCGGAACCCGCGCAUAGAUCUGGAGCAGUACGCCACGCAGCCACAUCUGGCAGCGCGAACCCUGUAUACCAUCGAGCAGUCAUUCGGGGAUAUCAGCGAUAAAAUCGUGGCUGAUUUGGGCUGUGGUCCCGGACGACUGGCGAUUGGGGCUUCUUUACUCGGCGCUGCAUUCUGCUGUGGGUUUGAUGUCGACGCUGAAUCUGCGGAAGUUUUUGUGGAAAACUGCCGGACGGCGGACGCAGUAAAAACGGACUGUAUCCUGUGUGACGUUUCGGGUUUGACACUCGGAAAAUACGAUGGACCGUUCAAAAAUUUCUUCGAUACGGUAAUCACGAAUCCUCCCUUUGGAACCAAGAAUAAUCAGGGCAUCGAUGUGCAGUUUUUGGAAGCCGGCCUGAAUUUGUCAAAAAAUUCUGUUUAUUCCUUCCAUAAAUCGGCGUGCCGACCGUUCCUUCUCAGGAAGGCCAAAGCGUGGCAAGUUUCUAUGGAAGUUGUCGCGGAAUUAGUGUUUGAUCUUCCUUCGUCGUACAAGAAGCACAAGAAAGAUUCUGUUGACAUAAAAGUUGAUUUUAUUCGAACGGCUCAUUUGCCGUAAUUUAACUUUUUUAUCGAUUUGAACUUGUCUUUCAGGUACUGCAUUGAAAUUUCUGUAUGAAAGAAAUAUUGGGAAGUACUGUAAAUGAAUAUCUGUUAAUUUUGAUACGUACAGAGUAUGCUUUUACGCAAAAUCAAUGUCAGUUGAAUACCGCUCCUUCUUGCAAUCUUGCUUCAUAUUUUUUUAUCACUCUUGAGAGUUGAAAUAAUGUGAGAUGCAGUAU